AUGCCUUCAUGGACCAACUUCAUAAAUCUCGCGCUCCUCGCGUUCUCCGCCUCUACCUCUGCGCUAGAGGCCGGCCAAUUAGUCCCCGACUCCCCCAGUGUCCUACUGAGCACAAGAGACGUCAUUGAUAGCAUGUCUAUUCCAGAGACUGGAGAUCUACAAUCAUUGAUGAGACGCGCCUGUCCGGCAAGGUGCUCACAAUACUGCUGUGUCUCUGAUGGUACCUGCAUCCCUUCGCUAAGUUGGAGUUGCUGCGGCGGUGGCAUUGUUUGCGGACCAGGACGGAAAUGCUGUCAUAACGGCUGUAUUGAUGCUAACGAGGAAUGCUGUCGCACGGCUGGCAGGCAUUGUAAUGCCGGGUAUGAGUGUUGGUUAAUCAACGACAGCCCUAGAUGCUGCCCACGGGGCCAGUGCGGCUCCAACGGUGGUUCUGGUGGCAGCGGUUCCAGGAAAACCAUCACCUACCCGCCGAUUCAGACAAGGACGUUGGGUGGUGGUUCAGGCUUUGGGUAUUAUACUUGGACGGUAACCUGGACAUACCGAGUCAUAUUCUACACCUCAAUCACAGUUCGAAGAACCACGACCACCACCACAACAAGUGUCAUUUCUUUCUAUGGAUCCGACUCUGCGGAUGCCUCGUCUUCUUUCCGUGCCUACACCGCCACAGCAACGUAUGAUCCCCCAGCAAGCGCGACGAAUCCACCAGAGCCAACCAGCGGUAGCAGUGGCAGUGGAGGCAACGGCGGCAGCGGAACUCCAGGCACGGGCAACGAUUUGGUUGCUGUCCCACCAGGGAGUUCGAGUUCCGUAGCCACUCUGCGCAGGGGCGUCUUGAAUUGGCGCACAGCGCUCAUUGCGUGCACUGCUCUCAUACCUGGAUUGCUUGCAGUUUAUCUGUAA